GUAGAACAUGAUUCAUCUAACCAACAAGGGACAGAGGGCAGUAUUAACUGAGUAAAAGGUUGAACUCAAGCCAAGUUCAAUCACAUUUGGUGUCAGCUUCGCCUUCCAGCCAUUGAAAUACCAGACAGGAAGUUGUGAGUGUGUGGACGUGACUGGGCGCUCGUAGCGUCGCUAGGGUAGACUACAUCAGACGACGGAGCUGCAUUCAGAAUCCUCAAGACACCCUGCAACAGGUUCUGAAGACGAAAAAUACAAAAGAGACCAAAAUGUCUGGAAUCAUCAAAAUGUUGAGGAAGAGAAAGGAGCUGAUACCGCUGGUCGGAAUAAUGGCAGUUACUGCCAUAGGUGCUCCAUCUGUUUCUUUAUACUUUCUUUUCACCAAACCCGAUGUCAUCUUAAACAAAACUAAUAACCCGGAACCAUGGGAGCGGUUGGACCCAUCAAAACCACAAAAGCUGCACACCAUAAACCAGAAGUGGCGGCCCAUCGCAGAGCUGGAGCACGUUAAGAGCCUCACAAAGUAGAUUAUCCUUCCUUUUCCCGUCAUUUGUUUUAAAAUAUAAUUGUAACAAAAUUUUAAUAACUGUCAAGUAUAAAAGCUAUGUUCUUUUCCAUGACCAAGAAUACAUGUAUUCUUGGUAAUGAUGGGUUUUGUGUAUGUUUUAUUAUUUCUAUUUACUGAUAUCAACUGUCAAAUCUAAUUUGAACACUGCGUCGGAAACUGGAUCUGUGCAUAGUAAUAUAAUAUAGCACCAUGCUGGUGCAAAUGCGUGUGUGUACGAUGGGGGGGGGGGGGGGGGGUUUGCAUUGGUUGGGUCAGCUUGAGCAACACCUGAACCUUGGGACUUAUGUCCGUGGGGUGUAUGGUGUGGUGUUAAAUUUUUACAAAUUGUGCAAAAAAGAGUUUGAUGAAAACUGAUAUUACAUAUUAACGAUGUCUAAACUUUAGUCAGAAAGUAAAUACUGUGCAUACUGUUGUAAAAAUAAAACAAUAUGCGUUAUGUACACCUACAACUCCCUUUAUUGCUACAAUUUCCAGGCAAGUUGACAAAGGCAGCCGUAUAGUUUUGUUUCACGUUAAGGGACAUACCAUUCUUUCUGCUGAAUGCAAAUAAGGAGUAUUGUCUUUUUCUGCAGAGCUCUUACACCAAACCAUGAUUGUUUGUCCUUGUCUCAUGUAACUACAAUAAGGAAAUGCAUCUCCUGAAGUAGACCAUUUACAAUGGUCCCCCUUGCAAAGCUUCAAAGAGAUCACAUUAAAAAGGAUGUCAUUGUCUUGCAUUUAGUGCAAUAGUGAAGUCUUUUUGUAUGCAUGUUUGAAUCUCAGUAAUACUGCUCCCUCUAGUGUAUGGAAUAAAGAAACAUCAACCAUGA